AUGGGGAGCAGGCAUAACGGCGGAGCUAGCGACCGCGCAGCCUUGGGGAAUGGCGGAGCACCGCCGGUGGUUGACAAGGAGGUGGAUUUCGCCAAUUACUUCUGCACAUAUGCCUUCCUCUACCACCAGAAAGAGAUGCUCUCCGAUCGGGUUCGCAUGAACGCUUACUACGACUCCAUUUUCCGGAACAAACACCACUUCAAUGGAAAAACAGUACUGGAUGUUGGAACUGGCAGUGGCAUUCUUGCAAUCUGGUCAGCACAAGCAGGUGCAAAGAAGGUCUAUGCAGUUGAAGCGACCAAGAUGUCGGAGCAUGCUCGCGCGUUAGUUAAAUCGAACAAUGUCGAGAAUGUGGUUGAAGUGAUCGAGGGUUCUAUGGAGGAUGUUGUCCUGCCAGAGAAAGUUGAUGUAAUUAUCUCGGAGUGGAUGGGUUACUUACUUCUGCGAGAGUCGAUGUUUGACUCGGUAAUAUGUGCUCGUGACCGCUGGCUGAAGCCUAAUGGAGUCAUGUAUCCUAGCCAUGCUCGGAUUUGGUUUGCACCUAUAAGAUCUGGAUUGGUGGAGCGUAAAGAGAACGAUUUGGAAGAAGUAAUGGAUGAUUGGUAUAAUUUCGUUGAAGACACAAAGGAUACCUACGGGGUUGAUAUGGGUGUUUUGACUCAACCUUUCUCCGCAGAGCAGAGGAGAUAUUAUCUACAGACAUCCUUGUGGCAAAACCUUCAUCCAAAUCAAAUUAUCGGGACAGCUGCUAUUAUCAAGGAGAUUGAUUGUCUAACCGCCACUGUAAAUGACAUCAGUGAGGUCAGGUCCAACUUUUCUUCUUCGAUCACCAUGGAAAAUACAAGCCUCUGUGGAUUUGGUGGAUGGUUUGAUGUCCAUUUUCGAGGAAGAAAGGAUAACCCGGCUCAGCAAGAAGUUGAGUUGACAACAGCUCCUAGUAAAGAUGCCGGCACCCACUGGGGCCAGCAGGUCUUCCUCAUACACCCUCCUAGUUGUGUCACUGAAGGCGAUAACGUGAGUGUAGAAUUCCUAAUGUACCGGUCAAAGGAAAACCACAGAUUAAUGGAGGUAGAGCUCGGCUGCGAAGUCAGGCAGUCUUCUGGUAAUCUGCUUCCAGCAUUUAAAAGUAAAUUCCACGUGGAGUGA